UCGGUCAGUUGAGAUAGAAUGUUUAUACACGAUGGCACGGUCGGGUCGUAUUAUUUUCACUGCAACGCUAUGUUUCCUGAUUGAAAUAGCCAGGAUUUCCGGUUCCAACGAUUACACCUGCAGCUACGUUAUCAAUGCAAAUUGGUGUACGGUAUCCAAUGUCACACUACAGACAAUCGACGAAAUCAACGCAGCCACCUUUCCCAACGUAAGUUUGAUCAACCUCAAACAACCGAUCAUCAACUACCUCUCGCCGGAUCUGCUGAAACGCAUGAUCGUCGUCGAUCAAAUGGAAAUCGACGCAGGAAUUGUUCCUCGAAUCUACAUCAAGCCAACCCUAUCCAGACUCAGUGCUCACAAGAACCAAGUGCUUGAAGUGAUUAUAGAUGCGGAAGAUAACUACUAUCUGGAACAUCUGGGAAUUGCUUACAACCGUUUACGGUCCGUACCGAAGAACAUCAACUGCCUUAAGCAUUUAGUUCGGUUGCAUUUGCACGAUAACGAGAUUGAAGUCGUCAACAUGGACCUGCUGAAGAACCUAUCCCGGCUGAAGAUCCUGGCACUCCAUAGGAACAAAAUCCACCGGCUGGAUACAACGGUUCCACUUAAGCUAACUAAUCUAGCCGAGAUCCACCUGUAUGGGAACCAGCUGGAAGUUCUAUUUGUUAGUCUGUGGGACUUUCCAAAUUUGGGAACGUUUCAUUUGGCUUUAAAUAAGUUUCGAUCGAUUGGAAGAUUUCCGGAGCAUUUUCCUAGGUUGUCCGUUACCGCACUCGGAGGAAACCGGUGGAGCUGCGCUUGGCUAGUACGAUCCUUGGGACCGGCGUUAAAGAACGGUGAUCUCAAAGUUGCAGGAGAUAAGCAGUGUUUGGACAAUAAAGUGGCUGGGAUUUGUUGUGAUGGGAAGCCGGAAGAUUUCGGUGAAUUUCUAGUCGAAUCGUUGACCGAUCAGUUUCAACGUAUUAAUGUUUGGAUGAUUCAGCAACAGAGGUCGAUAGAGGAGCUUGGAAGGAAAAUGGAAGCAUUCCAUUCGGAUACGCUGAAUGAUAAACUAAAGAAUGAUGAGAAGAUUAUGAAUCUGGAUGAGCAGAUCGGUGGUUUGGAAGACUUUGUAAAUAAAAAGAUCAAGCAUCUUCAACAGGACCUCCAGCGCAUCGAUAGGAACCACCCAGCGGAGGUCCUGGAACAAUUUGAGUGGUUCCAAGAAAAGCUGAACGAAAAUCGAGCCUUAAUAGAUGACAUCAUACAAGACAUGUACUUGGAAGAACUGCGAAAAUUUGACGUGAAUACAUAGGAUUAAUUAUAA